UGAAAAGAUGCAUCAUGAUGAAUCCUGAAGUCAAACGUAUGACGGUUCGUUAAAACGUAAGUGAUAAGUUCCAAUCAAUUCGGCGGCGCGUCCAUUUUUCGUGACUCAGACAAGGAGCAUAAAAACAUCAACAUAAUUUAAAGCUCACGAGCCAUUUUUUCCAAUUUCAUAUUCACUCAGUCGAUAUCACAUUAUCACAUACAGAUACAGCUGCAUAAGUCUCUGAAUUUGAUAAAUAUAUCAUUUGGGUUCUGACCAGAAACCAUAGAGUAAGAUCAAACUCGAACUGGAAAUAUGGGUUCUUUAAUGGAGGAACAAGGAUUGGGAAGAAUGGAAGAAAAGGAUUCAAAAGAAGCGAUCCUAUACGUGAACGGUGUCCGCAGAGUUUUGCCAGAUGGGUUGGCUCACUUGACCCUUCUUGAGUACCUCAGAGGUAUAGGUUUGACAGGUACUAAGCUAGGGUGUGGAGAAGGUGGCUGCGGGGCGUGUACUGUGAUGAUUUCCUUUUUGGAUCAUAACAAAAGGAAAUGUGUGCACCAUGCAAUUAAUGCAUGUUUGGCUCCUCUAUAUUCUGUUGAAGGGAUGCAUGUCAUUACGGUGGAGGGUUUGGGAAACCGCAGGGAAGGAUUGCAUCCAAUCCAGGUUAUAACUUUAUGCAUGCUUGACUUUCUGAUUAGGCAAAAUAGUGCACUGCAAGUAUAUGGUUAUUGAUAUGUAAUACAAGCAUGGCUUGACUCCUUGGCUUUGUUCUCAAAUUGCCUUUUCUACUCUUCUUGUUACAUAUCAUAUCAGUAUCAUAUUGAGAGUGAUUAGUGCGUGAAACCAAAUAUUAUUAUCAACUAAAAGGAUUAAGAUGAAAGUGAAGAAUACCGGAUUCCAGAGGAAAUUAUUAUGUGCUCAAUUACUAUCGAGAUUCUCAUGUUAUGUGUUAAAUGUACUGAUGAAGGCAAGAUGUUCUCAGUCAGCUAAAGCUUUGGCUCAGUAACCAUCCUGACCCACCUAGUCUGGACUAAUAUCAUUAUGGUUCUGUCAAGUGUUUUGCUUUUAGUUCAACUAUUUCAGUUCAACCUCCUAAUUCCCUUGGUUCACCGUCCGUGCAAAAGGAUACUAGCUCACAAAAUGCUAGUCUGUGUGGUAUGGUCCCUGUUAAGGCUACUCGUUAUCACUCAGAUGCCCAAGAAUAAGAUACCACCAAUACAAGUGCAGUACUAUGAAUUCAAACUGAGGAAUCCUCGAGGCCAUUCAGUCCAACGAAUGCUGAAAUUUUCAACACUUCACUUCCUAAUCACAAGAGCUAGCUUGAAAUCACAAUUUACCACAUUAGCUUAAAAUUGAGCUAUGGAAAUUUGAUAAAUGAGAGAUAAGUGGGAGGAAUGCUUGUACAAGUUCAGAAUCUCCAAGCUUCAAGCUAAGCUCCUUUUAAAGCUGGGGUUUGCAAUUCAAAUGUUAAGACCGAAAUCUAAGAACUCGAGAAGCAAUAAUUAUAGAUAACAAGAUCCUUGAAAUUUAAAUGAUUUCCUUGGGAGCUCUGUUCACCAUCUUUCUCUUUCUUUUCCAUCAGUUCUGUUAACAAACACAAGAUAGUGGAACUUAUAACUUAUAAAAAUGUUCACAUUAAAACUGGCAAAUCACUGUAAAUGAGUCAAUGCUAUCUAGUUUAAUGUGCGAAAUGAAUUAAAGAAACAGUGUGUCUUUAACAUAUAUCACUUUUGAGUAGAUUAUGCAUGUUGAACGUUACAGACAUUUACAUGCUGGAACUGUUUGUAAAUGAGUUCUAGUUACAUGUUUAGCUAAAAUGCUGCAUCAGUAAGCUUUAUACUUUUGCUCAAUGCACACUUGAUGUCAUCAUUGCGGGUCCUGGCAUAGUGGUAAGGCUCUGAGUGGAUCUCUCAGGGGUCAAAGGAUCUAAUCCUGUCUGGGUUGGGGUGGGGGUUAUUUAUUACUGCAAUUGAAAUUCCACAUACCUAUAUAUAUAUAUAUAUAUAUAUAUAUAUAUAUAUAUAUAUAACCACAUGGGCGGAUCACCUGGAUUUUUUUUCUUGUAUCAGGACUUAAUUAUGUCUUCCUUCGAUAAUAUCUCAUCCUUGUUUUGCAGGAAUCUUUAGCACGUUCACAUGGAUCGCAAUGUGGUUUUUGUACUCCUGGUUUCAUAAUGUCGAUGUAUGCUUUGCUGAGGUCCUCUCGAGAGCCACCCACGGAAGAGCAGAUAGAAGAAAGUCUAGCUGGAAAUUUGUGCCGGUGUACAGGGUAUAGACCCAUUAUAGAUGCAUUUCGAGUUUUUGGUAAAACUGAGGACAGUUUGUACACUUAUGGGUCAUCAAAAGACCUCAGUGGUGAAUUUGUUUGCCCGUCUAGUGGAAAACCAUGUUCCUGUGGGUUGAAACCCAAUACCCAUGCUGAGAACUCAAAAUUAAGUAUCUGCUCUAUAGGCGGUAAUCAACCAGUGUCCUUUAGUGACAUUGAUGGAGCAGCAUACACAAACAAGGAGCUUAUUUUCCCUCCUGAGCUUUUGUUGAGAAAGCAGAGUUCCCUGUGUCUGACAGGGUCCAAUGGGCUGAAGUGGUUUAGGCCUUUAGAGCUUCAGGGUGUUCUAGACCUCAAAGCCAGGCAUCCAGAUGCAAAAUUAGUUGUAGGCAAUACUGAGGUUGGUAUUGAAAUGAGGCUCAAAAAGAUUCAGUACCCAGUUUUGAUAUCUGUUGCACAUGUUCCAGAACUUAACCAGUUAAAUGUGAAGGAUGAAGGUUUAGAGAUAGGCGCUGCAGUUAAGCUUUCAGAAAUGAUGAAAGUAUUGCAACAUGUUGUGCAUGAGCGCGCUGCGCAUGAAACAUCGUCCUGCAAAGCUAUCAUUCAACAGCUUAAAUGGUUCGCUGGGACGCAGAUAAGGAAUACUGCAUCUAUUGGUGGGAAUAUUUGUACUGCCAGUCCAAUAUCAGACUUGAAUCCUCUCCUGAUAGCAGCCGGAGCAAAGUUCCGCAUCAUUGAUAGUAAAGGAAACAUGCGAACAUGCCUUGCUGAGAACUUUUUCCUAGGAUAUCGCAAGGUGGAUAUGACCAGUUCUGAAAUUCUGCACUCGGUCUUUUUACCUUGGAAUAAACCAUUUGAGUUUGUGAAGGAAUUUAAGCAAGCUCACCGGAGGGAUGAUGAUAUUGCCAUUGUUAAUGCUGGAAUGAGGGUUUCCCUUGAAGAGAGGGAUAAACUAUGGGUAGUUUUAGAUGCUUCAAUUGUUUUUGGUGGUGUAGCUCCUGUUUCCCUAUCUGCAUGUAAAACAAAAACAUUUCUGAUUGGGAAAAAUUGGAACAAUGAGCUAUUGCAGGGAGCUCUGAAAUUUCUAGAGGAGGACAUUUUGUUGUCAGAAAAUGCUCCGGGUGGAAUGGUGGAGUUUAGGAAGUCUUUAACAUUGAGUUUCUUCUUCAAAUUUUUCUUAUGGGUUUGCCAUCAGAUAGAUGGAGAAACAUCCUCUUUAAGCAUUCCAUUAUCCCAUUUAUCAGCCAUACAACCAUUUGUUCGACCAGCAAGUGUUGGAAGUCAAGACUUUGAAAUUACAAAGUAUGGGACUGCUGUUGGAUCUCCUGAAGCUCAUCUCUCGGCAAAACUUCAGGUUUCAGGAGAGGCAGAAUAUACUGAUGAUACGCCUAUGCCUCCUAAUGGUUUAUAUGCUGCUUUGGUGCUUAGUAAAAAGCCUCAUGCACGCAUACUUUCAAUUGAUGAUUCUAGUGCAAAGUCUUCUCCUGGGUUUGCUGGAGCUUUUUUCGCAAAAGAUAUUCCAGGUGAUAAUAUGAUUGGACCUAUCAUUGCAGAUGAGGAGCUUUUUGCUUCAAAGCUCGUUACUUGUGUGGGCCAGGUAAUUGGAGUGGUAGUUGCCGACACGCAUGAAAAUGCAAAACUUGCUGCAAGAAGAGUUCAUAUCGAGUAUGAAGAACUGCCAGCUGUUUUGUCCAUUCAAGAUGCUCUUCAAUGUAACAGUUUUCAUCCUAAUACAGAGAGAUGUUUUGAAGUAGGGGAUGUAGAACACUGUUUUGCAUCUGGUCAGUGUGACAAAAUCAUAGAGGGAACUGUUCAGGUAGGGGGCCAGGAACAUUUCUACUUGGAGCCUAACAGCAGUUUGAUAUGGACAGUGGACAACGGCAAUGAGAUUCAUAUGGUCUCAUCCACCCAAUCCCCUUUGAAGCACCAGAAGUAUGUCUCCCAUGUUCUUGGUCUUCCUAUGUCCAAGGUGGUUUGCAAGACAAAACGAAUUGGUGGUGGAUUUGGUGGGAAAGAGACCAGAUCUGCUCUUGUUGCUGCUGCGGCCGCGGUACCAUCAUAUCUUUUAAACCGUCCUGUAAAACUUACAUUGGAUCGAGAUGUAGACAUGAUGAUUACUGGUCAGCGGCAUAGUUUUCUUGGAAAGUAUACGGUUGGCUUCUCAAAUGAGGGGAAGGUUCUUGCGUUGAAUCUUGAAAUAUUCAACAAUGCUGGGAAUUCACUUGAUCUUUCACUUUCCAUUCUUGAACGCGCUAUGUUCCACUCGGACAAUGUCUAUGAAUUACCUAACUUGAGAAUUCGUGGGAGGGUUUGCUUCACUAAUUUCCCAAGCAACACUGCUUUCAGAGGAUUUGGUGGCCCUCAAGGUAUGCUGAUUGCUGAAAAUUGGAUUCAAAGAAUGGCCGUGGAGUUGAAGAAAAGCCCUGAAGAAAUAAGGGAAAUAAAUUUUCAGAGGGAAGGAUCAAUAUUACAUUAUGGACAACAAUUAGAGAACUUCACCUUGGGGCGUAUCUGGAACGACUUGAAGGCCUCUUGUGAUUUAAUCAAGGCUCGGGAAGAAGUCGAACGCUUUAAUUCUCUAAAUAGAUGGAAAAAACGUGGAAUUGCAAUGGUCCCUACUAAAUUUGGAAUUUCUUUUACUUCAAAGUUUCUGAACCAGGCUGGUGCCCUUGUUCAAGUCUACACGGAUGGAACAGUUUUGGUCACUCACGGGGGCGUCGAAAUGGGGCAAGGGUUGCAUACAAAGGUUGCUCAAAUUGCUGCUUCAUCGUUUAACAUUCCUCUUAGUUCUGUGUUCAUCUCAGAGACGAGCACUGAUAAGGUUCCUAAUGCAUCUCCAACGGCAGCUUCUGCAAGUUCUGAUAUGUAUGGUGCUGCUGUGCUAGAUGCCUGUGAACAAAUAAAAGCAAGGAUGAAGCCGAUUGAGUCAAAAUGUAACCACAGCUCUUUUGCUGAGCUUGUAAAUGCUUGCUACAUGGAACGAAUUGACCUUUCUGCCCAUGGUUUCUUUGCUACACCUGAUAUUGGGUUUGACUGGAAAACUGGUAAAGGGCAUCCAUUUAGAUAUUUUACCUAUGGAGCUGCAUUUGCGGAAGUUGAAAUUGAUACGCUGACUGGAGAUUUCCACACGAGAAGAGCAGAUGUUUGCUUGGAUCUUGGUUUUUCGCUCAAUCCUGCUAUUGAUGUUGGCCAGAUUGAAGGAGCCUUUGUACAAGGUCUUGGAUGGGUAGCUUUGGAAGAACUGAAGUGGGGAGAUGCAUCUCAUAAGUGGAUACCUGCAGGCUGCUUAUACACGUGUGGCCCUGGAAAUUACAAAAUUCCAUCAGUCAAUGAUAUGCCGUCAAAAUUCAAUGUUUCUUUGUUGAAGGGUGCUCCCAAUAACAAGGCCAUCCAUUCAUCCAAGGCUGUAGGGGAACCUCCAUUCUUCUUAGCAUCUUCGGUAUUUUUUGCCAUAAAAGAUGCUAUAAUUUCUGCAAGAGCAGAAGUAGGGUGCAGCGGUUGGUUCUCGCUUGAUAAUCCUGCCACACCUGAGCGCAUCCGGAUGGCUUGUACAGACCAGUUCACCAAAGCCUUUGUAGAAGAUUCUGAUUUCCGUCCAAAGCUUAGUGUUUGAUAAAUGGCUGCUUUGUAAUAUCUUCCGUUGGCUGCUUUGUAAUAUCUUCCGUUUUUAUCCUUUCAUGUCAUUUUAGCAAAAGCAAUGUAAUCCCAGAUUUCAUGAAUUUUAAAACAUUAGAAUUAAACAGAAUUUUAAAUUUCUUAGUUUCAAUUUAGAAUGAUCGGAUUGUACUUUCUGUAUCUUAUAUCCUUUGCAAUAUCGAUUCUCAAUUCCAUGAAACAUUGGCCUGGACCGCGGCCAAGUUAGACCAAAUCGUGGAAAAUUUGAAAAAAAGGAAAUAGUGGUCUUGAUUGAG